AUGAACACCAGCAUGUCAGAAAAGGCCCUUCUCAGCAGCUUUGUGCCUGCUCAGGAAUACUCACCUCCCGCCUACGAGGAGGUACAAAUCAAGCCUGCCGACGCAGCUAUCUCUGCACAGGGCACCUCCUCCCUCUUCCCCCGCGAAUGCGUCUUCACAUACCGUCUAUCACAUUCCCACUCAUACCUCGGAGCCAAGAAAGGCGAACCUCUAUUCCUCGUCAAGACGCCCCGCCUGCUCAUGGGCACCGGUGACAUACUCCUCCUCAGCGGCACCGAUAAGCUCGAUACCCCCCUUGCAUCUGCCGGCUCUCUGAAGCUCCGGAGCGGCACCACCUGCGCGUCCCACCUCCGCCUCAAGCCUCGCCUCGGCGGGUCAUUUACCCAGCCCAUAGAUAUCGAUGUCACCGUGGGCACAAAGAACAAAUACCAGUUCACCAUCCCCGUGGGGCCCUCCAACCGCGCCGAGACAUUUGAGUGGCGCCAGAGCACCGGCGAACUGGUCCGAAGCCUCGUCGGAGGGUUCCAGUACGGGAUGAAGCUGGUUCGCCUCGACGGCCCGACGGGCGGAAGCAGCGGCCAGGAUGGCAAAGUGACCGUCGUCGGAGGCGAUGGUAAACCCAUUGUGGCUGUCUUCGCGGCCAUGCGCCCGCAGGCUACCAAUGCCAAAUUCCAAUUCAUGAACGAAGGAGCUACGGGCGAGUUGGGCGAGGUGUUUGAGAUUGCGGCCAUGAUCAGCUUCAUCCGCUUGUUUGAGUUUCAGCUGUCUCAGGGUGGUGUUGCCAUCGGGCCCUGCUUUGGCGAUAUUGCCCGCCCGUGA